CCUCGCCUUCGAGAGCCAUGGUUGCCGAGCAAUUUUAUAUAGCCUCUGACACAGAAACAGAAUGUGACGAAAAUGAGCAUGAACAGUGUAAGAAUGCAGACGAAAGGGUGGCAGACGAGGUGGAGUCAAGCCCGGGAGAGGCAAGUGGAGGUGGAAUGUUUCUGUUUCACAAGGGUCUCGAGGGCAGCAGCUCUGCGUCAGGCGACGAAGCGGCUUCACGGCCCCGAAAUAGUGACGUUGAGUUUUUUGGAGCUAAGAGCGCCUCGUCGUCUUCUGGAGAGGAGGAGCAAUUGGCGCAAGCAGCUAAGAGCUCACGUUCGUCUUCGAAAAAUGCAGCACACACUGCACUAGACGAGAAGGAAAGCCAUGGAGGUUACGUGGUGCCCUUCUCGCAUUCUCAAGAUUCCAACGAGGAGCGUUCCGACUUCUCCUCACGCAAGGCAAGCCCGCAUAGCUCCUUCAUCGAGUCCGCACUAGCUUCUCCUGGAACUGAGGGGGAGAGCCAAAGGCGGCAGGAUGAAAAUAGUGAGAGUAGCAUGGAAUUGAUCGGAGGUACCAGUCCACGACAAGGUUUAGAUGGAGCCGAUGAGGGGGAGACGGAAGCAGUUGCAACAGGGGCAGAAGAAAGGAAGACCUCCAGUAUCCUUGCCGAUGCUGACGCGAAUGCAGCUACAUCCAGCGUCGCGGAAGAAAAUGAAAAGCGGACUGAACAACUUUUGGCUUCAGCAGAGUCCGAGAAAAGAGAGCCUCUAGGAGCCGGCGAGAGAGGAAAGCAAAGCCUUUCAGAGCGGGAUGCACUUCUUGCAGAAGCUGCUGCUGAAAAAGAAGCAAUCUUGGCUCUAGCCGAGGCCGCG